GGCCGGGCCUCGCCGCCGCUGGCCGCCCUGUCCCAGGUGCUGCGGCUGGAGCGGAGCCGCCGCAGCGCCAUCGUGUUCCCGCUGCAGAAGCUGGAGCGGCACCUGGCGCCCGGCACCGACACGGCGCGGUUCCGCCUCUUCCAGCCCGGGCUGGCCGCCCUGCAGCGCGCCGAGGCGCUCUUCAGGUCCGACCGCGGGCACCCCAUCGACUACGUGAGCUCCGCCGUGCGCAUGGACCAUGCCCCGCCGCCCGCCCUGCCCGAGGUGUGCUUCAUCGGCCGAAGCAAUGUGGGGAAAUCAUCUUUAAUCCGGGCCUUGUUUUCACUGGCUCCAGAAGUGGAAGUUAGAGUGUCAAAAACUCCCGGCCACACCAAGAAGAUGAAUUUCUUCAAAGUAGGGAAGUACUUUACUCUGGUGGAUAUGCCAGGAUAUGGCUAUCGCGCCCCGCAGGACUUUGUUGAGAUGGUGGAGGCCUAUCUGCAGGAACGGCACAACUUGAAGAGGACUUUCCUAUUAGUUGAUGGUGUAGUUGGACUCCAGAAAACAGAUCACAUUGCAGUAGAGAUGCUGGAAGAGUUUGGGAUUCCUUAUGUGAUGGUGUUAACAAAAAUUGACCGAGCUUCCAGAGGAGUAUUGUUAAAGAAUGUACUGGAGAUCCAGGAGUUUGUAAAGGAGAGCACUCAGGGAUGCUUUCCUCAGCUGUUUCUGGUCAGUUCUGUGGAGUUCUCAGGGGUUCACUUGCUCAGGUGUUUUGUAGCCCAUGUUACUGGAAACCUGCCCACUGUAGAGGCCAGCUGAAAAGACCUGUUGAUCUGCUUGGCUCAUCAGGAAUAAAAGUAGGUGCAGCAGGAUAACGUGCCUUUCUUGUAAACAUUGAGCUGCCCCUGUUCCACAAGGAUGAAGGAAAGAACACAUCUUUAAUAGGAACUGCUUUUCCAUGAGUGUUGGCUUGAAACAGAGUGGAAUAAAAGACUGACAUCUAGAG